CUGGCAUUGGGACAGGUCAUAUGUGUACCAAGCGUUAUGUCCCAUUGUCCGGGGUACGUAAUAACACGUACGCGCAACGCGGUGGCAUUUCCUAUUGCUCGCGACUAAGAACCCUGGAGCUCAUCGUCGUCCUGGGAGCAUUCCAAGGUUGUCUUCACAGACCAACCAUCGACGAGGAGUAUAUCAUCGAUGAGGACAUGGCGGAAAUCCGAAGUGAAUCUCACCAAAUUUCACUACCAUUCUCAUGGCUUGACUUGACUUCACCACCUGCACGGUUGUCUCCAUUCCUCAUUUCAUACGUUGAUCGAACGCUGCACACCAUGCAUGAUCGAUGGUCAAAGAAUCCAAGCAUUGCACGCAAGGACAAAAUGGAGCCCUGUGAUGAUGAUCACCGCCGAAUUGCAGACGACCUGGAAAGCCAAGGCCAAGGCCCUUUGGACAACAGUGUCGUUCCUACUUCUGGGCUCCGUUCGCACAACGAUGAAUGGUAAAUUGAGGUUGGAGUUGUCCUUGCAGGUGUAUUACAGCACCUGGUA